CGAAAAGAAGAAGAAGAAGAAGAAUUGUUACAUAUGCUGUGAUCUGUGUUCCUACAUUCCUAAACGAGCCAAACCACAGCUAUUGAAAAAUAAACAAUAUUUUGUGCCACUGUGCCCAAACAGAAACGAAAUGACUUUGGGAUCGUCAACAAAGGCCUAUUAUGGUAAAAAAAAAACUAAUGUCUAUCCUCCUCAAGGAGUUCGAUGUCAAAAAUGUCUUGAAUAUGGCCAUUGGUCAUACGAAUGUACUGGCAAAAGAAAAUAUGUACAUCGAUCUUCUAGAAGUCAACAGCUUAAGAAAAGGUUAAAAGCGAAAGAAGAAGGUAAAGAUAUAGUCAUAUCCACGCCAAAAUUAAAACACAAAGCUCUGGAAAGUAGAAGUUCAGACAGUGAUAGUACAGACUCGGACUCUUCUACCAGUGACUCAAGUGAUUCGAGCACCAGUGAUAGUGAAACAAGUAGUAGUAGUGACUCGAGUAGUGAUACUAGUGUUAAAAGUCAUUCUAAAUUGCAACAGGGUAUUCAAGUAAAACAUAAAGCAUAAAUUAUACCAGCUUGAACUAAUAUACUGCUUAAAAUUU